AUGGUGCUGAAGGCCGGAACUCAAGUUAUUGUACCGUACCGAGAUGAGGAUUCAAAAAGACAUUUAAAAGUUUGUGGAGAUUUAGGUCAGGUUGUUUCUAUGAAAGUUCAUGUCGAAGGGGCUGCUAGAAUUGCCAAAAUUUCAAGAGAAGUUGGUGUUGCUCGAUUUGUACAUGUAUCAGCCUUGAAUGCUGAUAAAAAUUCACCAUCCAAGUUCUUUCGUUCAAAAGCUUUGGGUGAAGUAGCUGUGAAAAAAGAAUUUCCAGAAGCAACUAUAGUUCGUCCUUCUACUAUGUAUGGGCAAGAAGACCGAUUUUUAACUAGAUACGCAGAUGAAUCAACCACGGGAGAGACUUAUGAAUUAUUUGGUCCUCGUGAAUUCACAUAUGAAGAAGUAUAUGAUCUAAUUAGAGACUUAACCGAAAAUCGUAGAUAUAGAUUCUAUAUUCCAAAACCAAUAGCAUUAGCUGUGACGAAAGCAUUUAAUCUGCCCUUUUUACUAACAAUUUCUCCUGAAGAUAUUGAGAGAUCAUUUAUUAGCGAUAAAAUUACUCCGGGAGCAAAAACUUUCGAAGAUUUGGGAAUUCGACCGUUAAGUUUAGAGAUGAAUAGUCUUGGUAUUGUUAGAAGGUUUAGAAAUAGUAAGGUUUAUAACCGACCUCUUGAAAAAGAUGACGUGGGAGAUGAUAUAUAUGGUAUGUAUUUGUUGUUACAUAGUAAUAUGGAUUCUUAUAGAUCAACAUUGUAG